GGCUCUUAUUGCAGUGGGCGCGCGGCGGGCGGAAGUGGAGAGGACUGAACUUGUGUUUAAAGUUGUUUACAGUUGUUUACAGUUGUUUACAGAGUUUGAUCCGGACUGUUUGUGUUUGUAAACAGUGUACACUCAGCGUGGUUAGCUGUUAGCUGUUAGCCUGUUAGCUCCGCGGUGGGUUCAGGGUCCGGUAAAGAUGUCGGCAGACAGAGACCUGAGAGGACUGUGUCUCUACAAACUGCCCCCCUCCGUCCACUGGGACUUCUGCCUGCUCAUGGACGGACUGUCAGACCUGGACUGGACCCGCUUCGCCUCACAGGUCCUCUGUGAUCAGACUGCUGUGCGAUUGGCUGUGAGGAGGGAGAGGCGGACUGACUGGGUGAUGCACCAAUGGGAGAGCAGGAAUGGUCGUGUCGGGGAGCUAAUUGACCUAUUGGAGCGUCUGGAGUUGCUCCGCCCUCGUGAUGUCAUCCUGAGCUGGGCAUCCACUCUGAGGACUCCCCCUCCUCCCCCUCCUCCCCCUCCUCCUGUCUCUCUCCCUCAGUUUGACCCCCCUUCCAAACUGUCUGUGGCCCCGCCCACACAGAGCACCUUGAAAUUGAGGGUGACAGUAGAUGAUGGGGGAAGAAGUCCACUCCCCAAACCUGCCCCGCCCCCCCCCAGUCUGCACUCCGAGUUCCAGCAACCCCCCCAGGCCCCCCCAGUGGUGGCGCCGUCCAGCAGUGGGUUGAUGUGCUGGUCGUAUGAAGAGGUGCAUGCUGGUACGCAGGGGUUCUCCCCCGCCCUGCAGGUGGGGGAGGGGGGGUUUGGAGUCGUGUACAAAGCGACUCUGAGUAACACCGUCUGUGCCGUCAAGAGACUCAAACAGGACUGUCUGUUGGACUGGACUCUGCUGAAGGAGAGUUUUCAGACUGAAGUGGACAAACUGACAAAGUUCAGACAUCCGAACAUCGUAGAUCUGCUGGGCUUCAGUGAAGGACAAGGAUCAGUGUGUCUCAUCUACAGUUACAUGGACAACAGGUCCCUGGAGGACCAACUACACCACGAGUGUGUGUCCCUGUCCUGGUCUCAGAGAGUCAGUGUCGUUGAAGAAACAUCAACAGCUCUGCAGUUCCUUCACUUCCCCCCCGAAGGACACAAACCACUCAUCCAUGGAGACGUCAAGAGCUCGAACAUUCUGUUGGACCGUCACCUGGUGGCAAAGUUGGCGGACUUUGGUCUGGCUCGGUGCGCGGCUCGCAGCUCGCAAGGACCCUCACCAGCUCAGACGGCGUCGGUCGGUAAGACGGCAACGAUUAGAGGAACGCUGGCGUACCUGCCGGACGAGUACGUGAGGAACGGAGAGCUGGGGACUGCCGUGGACGUCUACAGCUUUGGAGUGGUGCUGUUGGAAGUCCUGACUGGUCGUCGAGCUCUGGAGAAAGACAGGAAGUCAGGAGAGAGAUACCUGAAGGACCUGGUGGAGGAGGUUGAGGACAGUCCAACUGGUUCUUCUGCAGAAACCUGGAGGAAACAGCUGGACCGCCGGCUGAUCCCAGGGGGCGCUGCAGAGCCUGCUGGCUGUAUGGAGAUGGUGGCUCUGGCCUGCAAAUGUCUGGACAGAAAUAGGAAGAAGAGGCCAGCCAUGACGAAGGUGUUUGAAAAACUUAAGGACAUCCACAACCUUGUGAGGAAGACCACCUCCUCAUCCCCCCUCCUUCACCCUCAUCUUCAACCCCCCUCCCAGUCCUUCCCCAGACCCCCCAGUGCACUGGAUUCCAGCGUAACAGCUCUGUCCCAACAGCUGUCCAACCUGGGACCACUGGAGGACACCUACCAGCCAUCCCAGUCCACCUCCUCCUCCUCCUCUUCUUUCUGCUCCCUCACCCCUCCUCAUCCGCUGCAUUCUUCCUCUUCCCUCCUCCCCUCCUCCUCCUCUUUGGCUGGUCCCUGUGAAACCGACGAGAGUCGAGGCUUUUCCCAGUACGACCUUCGAUCCAACGGGACCAGCUCCAGGUCUCUGUCUCCAUCCACCAGAGACCAGUAUCACAACCAAGCUGGGCCCUCACAGUCCCAGUUCACCCAACCUUCAGUCCCCACUGAGGACCAGUACAACUUUCCUCCCCAGCCCAGCAGCACCAGUGACAGAUGUAGGCCCGGGGCCCUCACAGGACCAGACACUAGAAGGCAGACCACAGCAGGGGGCACAGCAGGGCUCUAUGGUGUCCCAGAAUCCCUCUCUCCUGUGGGGUCCCUGCAUUCAUCGUCUCCGGGGGUCUCAGUUGAUAUGAAUCCCAGUAAGCGGCAUUUCCUACAGAAGAAAACUCUGUAUGAGGAGGGACGGAUUCAAACUCCUGAGCUGCUGUCGUCUGAUGACCUCUAUGGAGGGAGGAGUCCUGUGGAGCUCAGAGGACCAGAGGAGAGUGACGAGCUGGAUUAUCUUCCUACUAAACACCACUGACAAAAAGCAACAGAGUGCCGCACUAAAGGACCAAAGACGUGAACUCUUUUAUCAUCAUGUCUGUAUCAUAAACUGAUGUGGACCUGCUGUCAGCAGAGUCACAGACUCGUUGAAUCCGUUAAGUUUUCCAGUAUGAGGGUCUUUGGAGACGUUCCAGCUGCAAACUGUUUGUCUCUGCUUUAAUGUGACCAGUUGAAUGUGAAGCAGAUGAUAAGAAUCAGUCACACAGCAGAGAUCAACAUGGAGGUACGACUGCAGUCACUUUAUUAUUUUAUAUCACACUGCCUGCUAGACUGGAAACUGGAUUAUUUAUUCACAUCUGUUUUUAGUUGAUUUUAGGCACAAACUAACUGUAAUUCUUUGUCAAAAAAUGUUGAAAAAAAAUGAAAUAUAAAAUAAUAAUAACAUCUGAAGGUAGCUGGGCUCGUCCCGUUUGACUCACAUUCCGGCUUUUUAUUUUCAGUUUCUUAACGUUGAUAUUUAUUUGUUUUUCACAUUUGAAACUUAACAUACUGUGGAACAAAUAGUCCCAAUGAGCAGACAUAUAUUUGUCAUUUACAGCACUGCCAUAUUUAAAGUUUAUUAGUAUUCAUUUUUGAUAUAUUGAUUUGUGUAAAUGAUCCUUUUCCCCCGUUUUUCUGUCACAAAUAUUGCCUUUAACUCUUUAAAAGGGAAACUAACUUUAUAA